CCCCCAGCAUGGAUACAGGCUGCGGGGACAGGCGCUCCGAGACACUCUCACUAUAUGCUGGGGAGCAUCUGAAGCAACCAUAGGACGAGUUCACACACCCAACUUCUAAGAGUUGCCGCACUCAACAAAGACUUUGUCCUUUUCCUUUCAUCUCCUUCACUCCGGGGGGACUUGUGCGCGCUUGCGAUCGUCACGCAGGAUGUUAUUACUGACGAGACUCGGAAAGCCGGGUAUGAAGAGCGUAAAGUCUCUCUGAUGAGAACCACCUCCUUCUAUCCGCCACACAAAGGGAACCACGGAACAAGUUCUUUUCUUCCUCCCACCCCCCCACGCGCGCCACGCCAUCGCUUUCUCUUUUGGAUGUCAUAGUGGGGCGGGAGGGGGGGGGGGGGGGAGAGUUCCUUGAAAGACGUCAUGGAUCACUUCGCGGCGGAGUGCCUUGUCUCGAUGUCCAGCCGCGCGGUCGUCCACGCUCCGAGGGUCAACAACCGGGAGAUGAAGCCGGAGAACCCGUCGCCCCCCCCUACGAGGAACCCGGAGGACGCCAAAGAACCCGUGGUGAAGGACAACUCCUCCCUGUACGUGGUGGCCAGGAUCCUGGCGGAUUUUAACCAGCAGACUCCCAACGGCGUGCUCGGCGAGCAGGCGAGGAGCAAGGAGGAGAGCCAGGCCGGGCUGACGGAGGAUGCAAACUGUGCCACACCUACCAUCACCAUCUCGGAUCCGUCGCUCAAACAAAGGGGCAAAAGAUCGAGAGGUCGCAACGAGCCCGAGUCCCCGCAGAAAAAGCACAAAUGCCACUAUUCAGGUUGCGAAAAAGUUUAUGGCAAAUCGUCGCACCUCAAGGCGCACUUGCGGACGCACACAGGAGAGCGUCCGUUCCCUUGUACAUGGCCCGACUGCAGUAAGAAGUUCGCCCGCUCCGACGAGUUGGCCCGGCACUACCGUACCCACACGGGAGAAAAGAAGUUUGGUUGCCCACUGUGCGACAAGCGCUUUAUGCGAAGCGACCACCUAAUGAAGCACGCCAGGCGCCACUCGGAUUUCCAGCCCGGCAUGCUCAAGAGGCCCCACAGCAGCGGUGUGGGCGGGGUCGGCGGUGGGGUGCCGGGCCACGCCGCGCGUCCCGGCUCCCUCAGCGAUUACAGCCGCUCGGACGCCUCCAGCCCCACCCUCAGCCCCGCCCUCAGCCCCGCCAGCUCGCCUUAAACUGAACUUCGCACUUUCCGCCACCGGCGCAGCCGAGGCGCGUGUUCUUUUCAUGGUAACACUCGUGUUGUUGCACACUUGUCAGCGGCGAUGCCCUUCUUUGCUAAUCCUGCGCUUGCUAUGGUGUACCCUACUGUACAGAACUGCUUAUUGUAGUGCAAUGACAUGUGUGAUCCUAGAAGAAGGUAAUGCCUUUCCCAGAUGGCAAUAUUUCCAUUCCCGACCAUAUGUCUUGACUUUUCUUCUAAUCGUCUGCGUGCAACAACUCAACAUGACUUAGAAGAAAGACAGCAGGAGUCUUAACGUAAUGUUUGUCUUUCAUUGUUCUUCUUCAUUUUGUUGAUUGAUCCAUUUUGUGAUGAGAAAGGGCGCACACACACACAUCCACACAAACAAACACAUGCACUGUUGGGUCAAAAAUCAUCCAAAUUGGGUGGAACAGCUGACACAGCACUGGGUCCAAAAGGGACCCAGCCAGUGUUGGGUUAUGAAUACCCAGCACAUUGGGUUGGGGAUUCGAUGCAGCAUGUUGGGCCAAGAUAUUGAUCCAUCAACGAUUUAAAAACUACCCAUACUGAUAGGCUAUCAAGAAACCAUCCAAAUUUUUAUGACCAACAUUUUCUCAGAAAAAGAAAAAGCAAUGUUCCCCUGUCAGGGUUCCCAACUCCCAUAGGUUGGCGUUACCCAUUGAGCUAUGCAGCUGCCUGUAAUAUUUUCCAAGAAUGUUGCAUUCAUUUUCAGUCAACUUUGUACACAACUCAAAAAUGGCGACCACCUACAGCUCUUCAGCCCGCCCAAAUUCAAUCUUCAACCCAAUCUAUGGGUCAAAAUAAUGAACCCGUUCUUUAGUAAAAGUAACCCAAUUGGUUUGAAAUUCAGUUACCCAGCGAGUGGCUGCGGAAAACAGCCCAGCAUUUUUUUUUUAGUGUACACAUGCUAAAGAAAACAACAACAAACACCUCAGGAUUGAAGACAGUUUCUCUUAACACCACAGGACUUCACACAAAAUGCACAAUAUACUCACUCAUCACUUUACUCCGAAGUUCAACCGCUGGUUGGAUUUUUCGCCCUGCUCAGGGAUGGCCUUGUUAGCUUGAACAAAUGGAGAGAAACAGUCGGUCCACACACAUACACACAAUAUGUCUAUAGAUGUAUAAUUAUACACAGGUGUUUGUGUAUGCGUCUGCAAGUGUACAGGUAUAUACGUAUGUAUAUCAAUACAAUCCUAGAUUGCACUCUUUUCUUUUACGUCGGCUUCACUUUUCCUAAAAUAAACAACGUAAUUAUAAGCCUCCUUAUAAAAACGAUGCAUCAAAGCUGUAACGGAAGCCCCCUCCGGCAUUUAUCCGUCUUUGCCUUUUUCCACAGAACCAAGCGGAAGACUUUUGCUGCAACCGUGUGCGUUUCGAUGUGUCGGCCGCAUCCCGCAAUCAGAUCAUUGAAGACGAGACAUCUGGUUUAAAAUUUUGUCUUGACGGCGACAAUAGCCGUUACGGCUCUUGAGACCACCUCCAGGAAAUUGGACUGUCAGAGCCGUUUAUAAAGAACAGCGGUGCAGAAAAAUGUCGGCUUUUAAAGACACUACCCCCGUACUUGCAGCAUCUGUCCUCUGGGCAGAUAUUUAUCGCUGCAAACACCCAGGAUUGCGUUAUAAAAAUAUGUUUCAAAGCAGCUGUUUAAAUAAAAAUGGACACAAAAGGGAUGACUCGCACAAGCAUACCGGGGAGAAAAAAAAAAGUACGAGAGAGUAGAAUGGAAGAAGUGAGGCGCAAAUGAUUUGAGGCCUGCAAAAUACGCAGCAAGAAGCGUCAUGAAGGCUAGCAUGUCGCCCGUCUGGCUCUACCUGUCCCGUUAAGACGUCAAGCUGUCAGCUUUAAUGGAACUUGUGGCGGUUAAACACAGUGCAAAGUGUAUGUGGAGCUAUCUGCGACGUUCAGACGGGAGAAGGCGCCUCCUGAUAUAACGAGUGAAGUUUAUCACAACUUGAGCAGAGGCGGAGACACCCUCGUUUCCUGCUUAUGCAAAUGACCCAACUUUGCUCACUCAUUUUGGUGACAGACUUGAAACUUCAUCCAAAGGUAUAUGUCAAAUUAUAGAUCCCCCGACUGAUAUUUUUCUGAUUCACGAUGAGUUACACCAAAGACAAACGGCACAAAAAGACCGGAUGUGUUGCAGAUAGUUUGUUCAAUUUGGCCAAAGAACAUCUUGGAUAUCCUCAAUUACAUUUUUCUUUUCUAGAAUUAGCAUUCUAGAGAGAUUCAAUGUUACUGUGUGCCGGAGAGAAAUGAUGUCACUUGUGCCAUUACUGAUAUCUACAAUUCUGAUAUCUACCAAUCAUUUGGAAUCUGCGUUGUGAAUUGCAGAUAGCGAUCAGAAUUGUAGAUAUCAAGUUGAUUCUCUCCCCGCUUCAAGAUUUCUGAUAUCUACAAAUUGGGUAGAUACUAAACGCAAAGUACAGUCGCAGAUAUCUUUAAUUCAAUUAUACCCCCCCCCCCCCCAUGCACGUGGAUGGCAAAAAUGACAUCAUUUGAUCAACAUGUCCUUGGCGAAUCCGUAUGCAGAUGCCAAGUUCAGAUUUGCUGAGGCAUUUUUGGCAUUAGAAAUCUCGUGUGGUUUCACAACUACUCGGAAUUAUUUUCCAGAUGUCUUGAUUCAAAAAUAAAACUAACACAAGUUUAUCUACGAUGGUUCUUGAUAGUUAAAAUCAUUUUCUCAUCUCAUGCACAUUUUUGUCUGACAUCGUAUAUUCUGCUCUAAUGAGGUGGAUAUACAGUACAUGUUGAUUGUACCUUCUGCCAUCUAGUGGAAGAGCAGUGAAUUGUUUUGCCUGUCACUAUACAUCGUUGCGAUAGAUAGAAGAACAAUUUUUUUUGUAGCAAAUAAAUCACAAUUUGCCGACCGAUUAAGUGAAAUAGGAUAAUUUCCCGUGGCCCACGCAGAUUUCUGCAGUACCCCUUCCAUCUCGAGCAAGCAGUGGGACAAAUCUUAAACCGUUAAACAGCUGCUUUUGAACGCCUUUGAACAAAAGGAACAUAUCUUGGUGGUUGUGCCACUCCCGUGAGAAAGUCCACUUAUGUGUCGAGACGCACACGAUGAGUCGGGCAAAAAAUAAAAAUAAACUUAAGCAAACGGGCACCGUUUAUCCAAACUAGUACGAUCUGCAUCCUCGUGCUUGGAAAUGCAGCCAUCCGGAUUGCUUUGAUCCCAUCCCAUCGCAUCCAUCCAGACCGUUGCCAUGGCGAGUGAUCGUAUACUUGCUUCACCCCUCUCCCCCGGCGCCACGCGCAUCUUAACAACUCCCGGCAGGUGUACGUCCAUGAAUGGCGAGCCUUGUUUCCCAGCUCGCCCCCACCCCGGGAGCCAUCAUUCUUUUCAAAGAAGCAACUCUGUCACAUCCCCGGCAAGACAAGACAAAACAUCCCUUAGAUCAAUCCAGCCAGUCCCUUCACUUUUGGUAAGAGAAACCACUGCGGCGAGGUUCAAUCCUCUUCAAUGCUGUUGAGCGGCUUUUUGUGCAAGUUUGCAUGCUUUCUUAAUGCCAUGAACUGCACAAUGACCUGAGGUUCUAUGGGAUGUAUACAGUAUGGGGGUAAGGGCAUUAUUUGUUCUCACUGCUGGUCAGUGUCCACUGAACCCCCCCCCCAUUCACCAUACUCAAGCCCCACCUGCCUCAUUUCUUCACAACAUCCUGCCUGAGUGGCAAUUUGGGCUCCCUGUGGCCGAAAUGAAACAACCCCUUGAAGACACCCAACACACACACACACACGACGACAUGUGAAAGAGGAAAUGUCCCCAUCCACCCUUCCAUCCAUGUUCUGACUGUACCAAAACUACUUGAACAAUUCAACACAAAAGGCUAUUGAACACCAUUUAGUACAUUUUAACUUUUUUUAAAAAAAUGACAAUAAUACACCUUUUUUUCGGAGAGGGGGCUUUUUUUUGUUCAAGUUUCCUUCACCUAUGCGUCAUUGAUGGUUGAAUUGUUAAGUUUUUGUUCCAAAAGAGCAGCCAUCCACUCACCAGAGAGCCGUUGAUGUCAGGAUGAUGGGCGCUUGCUUCCACGAAGGCUCCCAAAGUCCUCCACGGUCCACGAACAAGGAAUGUUUGACUGGUGGACGACAGUUAGUAAAUGAAACUUCCUGACCUCUUAUGUAUAUUUAUUUCACACGGAAUGAAAUUAAAUGUUGUUUUCUUUCAAAUUAAAGACCUUGGGUGUUACCCACAAAAUAACAGAACGCUGUUCAUGAAAGAAAAACACGGCGGUCACAGACAAUAAAUUGUAAUCAUAAAUAAAAAUAGCAAUUAAAAUUAAACAAUGAAACUCAGACAUUGCUUUGAAUUGUGGGUCCCAAAAACCCACAAAACAAAACAACUCAUGAAACAAAAAUUUUGCGAUCCAGAGAAAAUAAUUUGACCAUUAGCUCAUUUCCAACCAAGGUGUGCCCUCUACUUGGUAUCGGAGGAGUGUUGAAACUUGAAAUCUGUCCGUCAGUCUAUUUAAAGGAUGACAAGUAGCCACUGUGCUGUUUGGUGCCAUGGUGUGUACCACAUUAAAAAUGGACCAGAGGAAGCGGAGGAGAGAGUCGUCUCUCAGGAGAUUCAUUUAGAAAAUUAUAGACAAACAUGUUCAAUGUCAAACCAUCUCCAAAAAGCUUUUCGUUUGUUUGUUUUUUUUUGGGGGUGGGGGGGUCGACACAUGUAGCAGUUAAUAUUUAGUCCUAAUUUAUAUUAAUGAUAUCUUAUGGUGGUUUAUCAAAAGUAUGUUUUAUUUCAGGAUCAUACGUCUUCAAAACCUUUUUCUUUUUGCUUCUUGUUCAUAUCGCGCCAAAUGCACGGUGUAGCUUCUGCUCGACAAAAAACAAAAUAAAAAAUAAAACCCGGUGGAUUAUUUGUUUCUGCUUGAAGCUUUUUAUUCUGUAAAUAAAUGAUGAGUUGUGUUUUAUGUACGU